ACAGAAUCAACUGUUGCUUGAAGGCAGAGCCUGCCAGCGGCUGGAGGGCUGCAGCCGCAAAGCGCCUUUGGUGACUGAACAGGGAGGAAGUGGGCGGUUUAGGACAUGGCUUUCUUCAGGCUGACAUUCCUGGGGUACCAGGAGCCCUUUUGGGAGAGAAGGCUAGAGUUAGAAAAGCCUGACGCAACAGAGCCAAAGCCACGCAAAGGGGGAUUGUUUCACCCAAAGCUCCCCCACAUCGGCCCGGGGCACUUUGACGGCACAGUGCACCAGGGCAGCUACAAACGCUAUCAAGAGGCCAUGAAGAAGAAUCAGCUCCAGAGAUCCCCCAACCAAAUCUUCAGGGUCCCAGUGACCUGUGCAGAGGAUAGCGGCUGGUGGCUGCCCAGGGAUCCCACGGUCCGCGCAGAGGAGGUCACCCCCUGGAUGACAGUGCCAUGUCACCGCCUGAUAAGGAGCCCCAUGACCAGGUUCGUGGACACCAUGGGCCUGAGCAACUCCCAUUUCAGCCUGUUCUGAGUUCCCCAGUGGGCCCCACUGCCAGGCACGUCUGGACAUGGAGCAGCCCCGAGUGCUUGGGCCCAGCGGGCACUGGGGCAAUAAAGUGAUCAAGCUG